GAAGACCAAAUUAUCAAAAGAAGGACUGAACUUUUAGCAAUGCAAGCAAAAAGGAAACAGAAUGCUGCAGCUAGGCUUGAAAGUGAGGUUCCGGAUGAGGAUGAAGAUGAUGAAGAAGAUGAUAUUGAAGCAGUUUUGGAAGAAGAGUUUCCGAAAGAAGAGGAUGAGGUGGAAGAGGAGGAUGAAGAACAGGAGGGUGAAGCAAUUGAACGCUUGAAAUUAGAAAUUGCAGAGAAGUUUGAAACAGAUUUGAUUAAUAUACAAACAGUACAGGAGGAACUUGACAAAAUAUCGAUACCUCAAGUAACUAUAGGAAGCAAGCGAAAACCCCGCAUUGUAUGUUACCAGUUGUAUAAAAAGCUAAAGGACCUAGUGGAAAAUCGUGAAAGCCUUUUUGAGAAAUGUUAUCCGAUAAGUGUGUCACUUGCACGCAAAAUGAUAGCACUCUCUUAUAAACAUCCAAGCAAUUUUGGGGAAUGGGACCCAAUCAAGCUAAAUGAAGGAGAAACAAUCAAGUCUUAUCAAAGUCCUGACACUCCAACUUUUCCAGUUAUCCAUCGAAACUCUAUUUAUUUUUUUGCAAGCAAAGAAAAUAGAGACAAGUUUAUGAAAAAUCCUAUCAAAUAUAUUCGUCAGCCCAAACCUAAACCUACCAUGCCAGUCAAGAUUGCAAUAGUGGGGCCUCCAAAAUCUGGCAAGACAACAGUUGCCAAAAAAUUUGCAAGUAUAUAUGGAUUAAAGCGACUUUCCAUGGGAGAUGCUAUACGUAUGAUUUUAAAUGAUCAACCAGACACUGAAUUAGCACUUAUGCUGAAGUGGCACCUUCACAAAGGAUUGACUGCACCUGAUGAACUUGCCAUCCAGGCUCUAGACAUUGCAUUGAUGGACACCGUGUGCAGUACUGCAGGAUUUGUUAUUGAUGGGUACCCUGUAACAAGAAAACAAAUAAACACCUUAGAAUAUAUGAAAAUAAUUCCAGUUAAAAUCUUUGAGAUGCAAAUUGAUGCAAAAGAAGUCUUCAGAAGAGCACUUCUGGAUAAACAAAGCCCUGACAGACCUCCUUAUCCAGUACAUGACAGUUCUCAGAUCCUUGCUAUCAAGAAUUCAUGUUAUAAAACACAAAUUGAAGAAAUCAGGGCUUACUAUGAAGAGCAACACCAAAACUGGUAUAUGAUUGAUGCAUCCCACAGCAAAUGGUGGAACUGGAACAAAGUGCUUGAAGAAACACAGAUGAUCACUAAACAAAUUCAGUUGUAUCUGGAAAGAAUCAGGCAAGGGAAAGCAGCAAGUAUUGCUGAUUUGUGUAUCACACCACAAGAACUGCUUUCUCGAUUGGGAGAGUUUGGACAAUAUUGUCCUGUCAGCCUUGCAGAAAAGGGAGAACUUGUUGAUUGUUCUGUAACUCCUUCUCUGCGGUUUGCAGCAGAGUUUCGAGGGCAUUACUACAAAAUGUCUGGACAGGAAGAGCUGGACAAAUUCCUGAAGACACCAGAAUUAUAUGUGCCUCCAUUAGCACCUCACCCUCUUCCUCUCCCAAGUAAACUGCCAAAGAAACUGACCGCAGCAGAAGUGAAGGCCUUAUUCCCCAUGCAAGCUGAAAUGCAAGGGUACUGUCCAGUCACUUAUCUAGAAGGGAAGCAAAGGUAUGAAGCACUGGUACCUGGUGACAUUGAAUAUGCUGUUCUAUAUUGCAAAAAGCUAUACAUUUUUGAAAGUGAAGAAAAACUUCAGAAGUUUAUGAGACUACCAGAAAAAUACUGGAAGCAGACACUGCCACAUAAACUUCCUCCCAAAAAGGAGCCAGUGUUGCUGACAGCUCUUCCCUUGACAGGAUAUCUUGAACAGGGGGUAGCAACUGCCCUGAUAAAAGCAAUGAAUGAAGUAGGCUGUUUGAAGCCAAAAUUCCCAUUCCUAAGUGUGAAAAAAUCUGCACUCCUGUUCAUAGCCUAUCAUUUGAAAGCCUUUAACCCCAGAAGCUCUGACUAUGUACGAAAGAAGUACAAGAGGAAAUUGGACCGGUUUAUAGACAACUGUGAACUUAUCCCAUACUUGGGAACCAAAAUGACAAAGAAAUAUAAAGAGCCUCAAAAUCGACCAAUUGAUUUUGAUCACAAAUUACAGACAUUUUUGUCUCUCAAAGGUGUGGAUCCAGCUACUCUUUAG